GGUCCUUGAGCGUCCCACACCCUGCAUGGACCUGUCUGACUACUGCAUGGCCAUGGGAGGGAAGCUGGACCAGGCCGUAGCGAGGGACAUCAUGCACCAGGUGGCUGUCGCCAUGCAGCACUGCCAGAACCGUGGCGUCUUCCACUGCAACAUCAAAAUGGAGAACCUGCUGGCAGACGGACAAUAUGAAAGUCAAGCUCAUCGACUUUGGCUGCGGAGAUCUACUGAGCGCUCAGUUUUACCGGGAGAUUGCAGGUACUGCUGAGUACAUCCCCCCGAGUGGUUUCUGGA